CGGGCGGCGGCGAGUCCUGGCUGUGUGCAGGUUCGCCCGCGCCGCUUCAGAGAUUCCCGAGCGGGCAGAGUUUGGGCAGCGGGAUGGACCCCCAGGAAUGCUGAGGAUUGCGGGGACAGGGACCCCUUCCACUAUCCCUGGCUGCUGCAGCCUGGGCUUGGACACUUCCAGGGAUGGAGCAGCCACAUUUUCUCUGGGAAACUUAUUCCAGUGCCUCAGCAUCCUCACCCUGAACCAAAUUUUCCCUGCUGUCUGAUCACUGCUGUUUGUUGAGCUGUGAAGGAGGUGCACAACCACUACAAAUCAAAGCCUACAUCAACAUCAUCUCUUGGCCCCUCUGCACCAGCAGCAGAGAUUAUGGAGUAGCAGGACAUGGAUUCUUCCAGGAAUAAAUGAGUUUUUCUCUGCCAGACCCCAGCCUGUGAGCAGCAGGGGAAGCCUGCAGUGGGAUCCCUGCUGGGCUCUCCGCAUCCCACAAGAAGAGGAAGAGGAAAAGACGGUUCCUUCGCCGUUGAUAAAAUGGGAAGCAGCAUCUCCCCAGCAGCCCGGGACGGGAAGCCGCAGUCCUUGCCUGGGGGGCGUCCCUGGGAGCUGUGCAGCUGGCAGGACACAGCCCUGUGCCACUGAGGGCUCGGGGCUGGGGACAGCAUGUCCUUCCAGAGCCGCAGGACCCAGCUGCUGCUGGUCAACUCGCUGACCUUCGGGCUGGAGGUGUGCCUGGCUGCUGGCAUCACCUACGUGCCACCGCUGCUGCUGGAGGUGGGCGUGGAGGAGAAGUUCAUGACCAUGGUUUUGGGGAUAGGCCCUGUCCUCGGGCUGGUUUUUGUGCCCCUGAUCGGCUCGGCCAGCGACCACUGGCACAGCAGCUACGGCCGCAGGAGACCUUUCAUCUGGGUGCUGUGCCUGGGCGUGCUGCUCAGCCUUUUUGUCAUCCCCCACGCCAGCAGCCUGGCCAGCCUGUGUGCCCUCAACCCCCGGCCUCUGGAGAUCGCCUUCCUCAUCGUGGGCAUCGGGCUGCUGGAUUUCUGUGGCCAGGUGUGCUUCACCCCUCUGGAGGCCCUGCUCUCCGACCUCUUCCAGGAGCCGGACAACUGCCGCCAGGCCUUCUCCGUGUACGCCUUCAUGGUCAGCCUGGGGGGCUGCAUCGGCUACCUGCUGCCCGCCAUCGACUGGGCCUUCCUGGCGCCCUACCUGGGAGGCCAGCAGAGCUGCCUCUUCAGCCUGCUGGCCCUCAUCUUCCUCGGCUGUGCGCUGGCCACGCUCUUUGUGACGGAGGAGGCCGCGCAGGGGGACGUCGCGGACGGGCCGGCGCCCAAGGACGCGUCCGCAAGGGCGGCGCUGUGCUGCUGGCGGCGGGGGCCGCGCGCGCCGCAGGGCCGGCGGCCGCUGCAGGCGGGCAGGAAGCUGUGCCUGCUGCUGCCGCGGCUGCACGGCCUCUGCUGCCGCGUCCCCAGCGCCAUCCGCCGCCUGUUCGUGGCCGAGCUCUGCAGCUGGAUGGCUCUCAUGACCUUCAUGCUGUUCUACACGGAUUUCGUCGGGGAGGGGCUGUACCACGGCGUGCCCAGGGCCAAGCCGGGCACCGAGGCCAGGCGGCACUACGAUGAAGGUGUCCGCAUGGGCAGCCUGGGCCUCUUCCUGCAGUGCAUCACCUCCAUCUUCUUCUCGACAAUCAUGGACCGGCUGGUGAAGCACUUUGGGACACGGGCAGUGUACCUGGCCAGCGUGGUGUUCUUCCCUGGGGCAGCCUUUGUCAUGUGCCUGUCCCACAGUGUCACCGUGGUCACCAUCUCCGCCGCCCUGACUGGAUUCACCUUCUCUGCCCUCCAGAUCCUGCCCUACACGCUGGCAUCCCUCUACCACCACGACAAACAGGUAUUUCUCCAUAAAUUCAAGAGGAAAGAGGAGGAAGACUCCGCUCUGCUGGACAAGAAAUCAGCCUUCUCCAAAGGGCUGCUCUCCAGCCAGAAACUGUCUUACCAGAAUGGCCACGCUGGGAGCCUCUUCUCCUCCUCCUCCUCCUCUUCCUCCCCCUCCUCCUCCUCCCCAUCCUCCCCUCCAGCCGUGUCCAGCUCUGCUCUGUGUGUCAGCUCCUCCUGCGACGUCUCCCUGCGGAUCAUGGUGGGGGAGCCGGAGCUGGGGGCUCCUGGCCGGGGGAUCUGCCUGGACCUGGCCAUCCUGGACAGCGCCUUCCUCCUCUCUCAGGUGGUGCCCUCGCUCUUCAUGGGCUCCAUCGUGCAGUUCACCCAGUCUGUCACUGCCUACAUGGUGUCAGCCGCUGGCCUCGGGCUGGUCGCCAUCUACUUCGCAACCAAAGUUGUCUUUGACAAGGCUGACAUGGCCAAGUGCUCCGUGUGACAGCGGGGCAGCCACGUGGGUGGCAGAGCCAGCUCUGUGUGUGUGUGUGUGUGUGCCCACGGGGCCACUCGUGGGGUGCCUCGUGUGGCACUGGCUGUCCCCGAGCUGGUGCUGCCGCCCCGGGCAUGGCUCUGGGGCUGGGGGCAGCACGGGGUUAAUCUCAGGUGUAAAUAAGAGGCUUUGGGGUGUUGUCCUCAGGGCCUGAAGUGCUCUCCAAAGGUGCCUUUAGCAGAGGGAAGCACGG